AUGACACAACCCGAUGUCCUCGCGUCCACGCCUGUCUCGCCCCCCACGCCGACUAUAAUUACUGUCCUCACUCCUGGACCCCCACUGCCAUCCUCCUCCGUCGCCUCAAUAUUUGCUGAGACGGUCCCUGAAUCCACUACGACUGCACUCAAUCCUAACACACCGAUAAACAUCAACCUCACUACCUCCAAUACCAGCGAUGUGAACUCGGUCCAUACCUGUCUUCAUUAUGAUCGCACUUUCACCCCACACAUCGGCCUGGUCGGUCACUUUCGAACCCAUCUCACAGAGGCUGGUGAAUCAGUGCCUGGAGCACCAACGCACUCUCGCCGCAUCCGCCCCAACUGUCCACACUGCCCCCGCGCAUUCACUCAUUGCAUGGUUCUUCUAGGUCACGUAUGUAACCACGAAAGCGGGAUUGACCGCAGUCUCGACACGCCUAGCACACCCUGCACAUCCACCAUACCUAGCUCAACCCACACCCCGUCGCGCGGCGCGUCCACUGACAGCAGCUCCACCACUACCACCAUCACCGAAACCGACGCUGACAUCGCUUACUCUUCCUGUCCACACUGUCCCCGUAUAUUCACCUCACACAUCGGCUUGGUCGGUCACUUGCGAAUCCAUCGCACAGAAACUAGCGAGCCAGCACCUGGAGCACCCAUCUGCACUCACCGCAUCCGCCUCCACUGUCCACACUGUUCCCGCACAUUCACUCGCUGCACAGGCCUAUUAAAUCACAUGCAAAUUCACGAAAACCUGUGGUAG